UCUUAUUCUAUUCUAUUCACAAACACACUCAAACACACUCAAACACACACACUCAACCUCGCAUAGAUUCAUACGCUGCAUUACAGAACAUUGCUGCUUUGGCUUACGAAUGAAUGUGGUGUUUGUGCUGGACACGAGCGCGUCCAUGAACCAGCGCGUCGGCAACGGCAUGUCGCUCAUGGACAUUGCCAAGCUCGGCAUUGAGCACUUUAUCAAGGAGCGUCAGAGGAGCACUGGCGGACGCAUGACGGACAAGUACAUGCUCACGACGCUCGCUGACGGACCGGCGGCCGUGCGCAUUGGCUGGCGGGAGAGCCCGGCGACCUUCCACGACGAGCUCAAGGCCAUCGACGCAACGGACUGCACUGCGCUCGAGGGCGGCAUCAAGCUCGCGCUCGACCUGCUCAACGUCAACCGCGUCGGCGCGCCCAGAGGAUCGUCAGUGGGGCCGGGAUCAGGACCAGGACCAGGAUCAGGACUAGGAUCAGGAUCAGGACUAGGAUCAGGAUCAGGACUAGGAUCAGGAUCAGGAUCCGGCGCGGGUGCUGGUGGUGCUGGAUCGGCCGCUGGCAGCAGCAGCGCGGGAGGCCAGUCGUCGUCGUCUUCGUCGUCGUCGUUGUCGUCGAGCCAAGGCGCCGGCGCAGGCAGCUGCAUGGAGGCGUUCGCCGAGGGCCGCAAGCCGUGCUUCAUCGAGCCUGGAGUGGUCAUUGUGUUCACGGACGGCGAGCGGCCUUGCUCGAACAUUGUCAACGGCGUCUCGGCCGCCCCGACACUGUCGCUGCCGUCGUUCAGCCAAUUCUGGACAAACUUGAUCUCGGCGUCGGACAUUGUCUUGGACCCGUACCGAUGGGACCAGCGCGUGUUUAGCAUUGUGCUGCGUGUGCCAGGGCUGCCGCAUUGGUCGGUCGGAACAAAAUCCCACUUUCCGUUCGCUGGCCAGCCGCAGCUCGCACAACUCUCACAGAUGAGCGAGCCGCUGUCCGCUUUGCCCCCUACGCUCAUCUCUAUUGCAGGUGGUGAUGACUCUACAAAUGGCGCGGACGGGCCCCAGGACGAAGGUCCUUGUAGCGAUGCAAACGCGCUGUCAAAGUCCACACUCCUUGGCGCCAGCUCUUCUGCUCAUAGUUUUACGAGUGCCUCUGCAGCGACUGCUGGUGGGAAUGACAUUUGGCCGCCUUCACCAUCGAUGGCCGUCCAGGACGCAGGCCUGACUCGCUCGCGGGCCCCGCCAUCCAAGUCGACGCAGUGCGCCACCCUUUCCAACUUUACCAAUGACACGCCACCCGCACACCCGCAGAAACCAAGCGUGCUCGCGUAUAGUCUCCCGUCACUGUUCUCUCACAUGUACCACGGCUCAACCCCAAGCACCCUUGCCGACCUCGCUCCGGUGUCGGGACUGCCGCUCGGUGCGGCCCUCUGCCCCAACGGGCCCAUCUCGCCUCUCUCGGUCUUUUGCGAAGAUACCGGCGGUCGAGCGCUUUCCUGCACAAGUGUCAAGGGCAUGAAGGAGGUCUUGGCCGUGCUGGCAGACCAGCUGGUCAUGGUUGGCGUGCUGAUCAAUCUCGCCCCGCUGGAUGACAAGGCCGUGCUGCGCGUGCCCGUCCCGACGUCCGGCCCGCUGCAUCCGCUGUUGGCCAACCUGGAGCCUUCCGCCCAACCGCAGCGCUUUGUCUCCCCUACAACCGCAAGCGAAAGCCCCGAGCCAAUGAAGACAGAGCCCACCACCACCACGCGCCCGUUGUUCCAGCCGAGCGCGACAAUGCGCGUCAUCGCGGCCUCCAACAACUUGACGUCGAGCAAUAGUCCUGUGACUGCUACCGCAACGGUCGCUGUUCGCGCGUCAAUCUUGUACUCGCCGCGCGUCUUUCUCGUCACGAGCCCGUCGGCUGGCAACAUUCCUGUACUGGAAGCGUCGCUCGGCUCGGCAUUCUCCCUCAACGCCAACCGCUACUGGCCAAUUCCAGAAGCCUUUUGGGUCGAUGGCAACGGAACCACGCGAAUCCAUCCUCGUCGCGCGCAUCCCACCAUUCGCUUCUCGUUGCAGCCAACCGCAGUGCCCAAUUUGCAGGUCUCCUUUGGCGCCACACCUGGCACCCCCGGCACCUCAGUCGCCAUUGCGCACGACAAGUUUGUCUUCCGUGACACUGGCUUCCCGGCUGCCAACUAUCUGUGGAACUCGACAACUGCCAAGGCGUCCACCUGCUGGUACGUCUACGUCGAGGGAAGCGCUGCGACCGAGGGCAUUGGCCACCCGUUUGGAUACAUUGUCAAAGAGUACCCUGACGCGCGAACGGACAGUCCGACCCUCGCUCUGGUGUUGCUGCCUUACAACUUCCCAAAGCUGCUCAAUCUGCUCGCGUCCCUGCCGCCCAUCAACGUGCGUCCUUCCCAACAAUGGAAGAAUGACUUUGACGCAUACCUGGACACUGUACCUGGCUACUAUUAUGCGCCGCUCUUUGCCGUGCUGCGACAAGCCAAGGUGCAGCAUGACAGCCCUCGCCUCGACCCGUACGGCGGAGCGAAGCGCGGCAUGUCGCGAUUUGUGACGCGUGUCACUCAAAAUGGACGCAUCGACUAUGACCGCUUCUUGUCGCUGAUUGCAGCGCACAAGGCUCUGCCGAAAUCGCAUCAAGUGAAGGAGCAGCAAGAGCAGCUGCACCGCUCUCUGACGCAGCCCCUCUCGCGGCCUGCAAAGGAUCUCUUGCAAGUGCAACAGGCGCCCUCCCUGCGCUCACUCGUGGCUAUCGGCGGCGGGCGAGCUCGCGAAGCCACCGACGCCAUGGCGCUCGAGCUGCCCUUCCAUUCACCGCUCGACACGGAGGACGGCAGUCUGGAUGUGUCCGAGGAGGCUCGAGCCAAGAGAGCGCAACGGCGCUUGCACAUCCAACAGCAAUACGGAAAGCAGCUCACUCAGCAGCAAAGUGCAGCUCAAGCGCAGCUCAACCACCUCUUGGUACAGCAAGCGCAGCCCAUUGCCACCAUCGCGCAGGCUGCCAAGUACCAACAGCAAGUGGCGCAGAUUGAAAAGCAGAUGCACCAGGAAGCCGUCGCCAACAGCGAGACGGCUCGGUCCAUCACCAGCGUGGCCGAGUGGAUGCAGCCCUGGCUGGUCCAGACUUCUCCGCUCGCGUUCGCCCAGCGUCAAUCGCUAAAGCAAGCUUGGACUGCCCCCAUCACCCCGUAUCUUGUUUCAAACUCGGACCUGUCUGCGCGCAUCGACGCCAUGCGAGGGGCCUUGGUUGGCAAUGCGACUGCCGCGCAUGCUGCGCUGUCAGAUGCGGAAGCCGACUCGCGACACACCAUCUCCAUCAAAGAUAUGGGCGACUUUGUGCGCGUGCAGCAAGUUCGACCGCCCGAGCUGCGCUCCAUCAUCGAUGAAGACAAACCAAUCGGCACGCCGUUUGGUAAUCCGUACAAAUCCGACAAGGAGGAAUUCCCAGUCUCGGAGAGCGCACCCAGUCAGCCACACUCGGCCAUUGGCGGGUCACGGAAACGCAGGCUUUCGCGCUCGCCCAGCCCGUCGCCUGUGCGACCUCGGCUGGACAACGAUUCGCAGCAGUUCCCAACUCCUCCGGCAUCCACUCGCUCGCCGUCACCUAUCGCGCCGAUAGCUCAACCGCCAGCAGCACCGCACGCCGGCAGCACGGCGGUCACAGCUGCCCCCCUCACACCGCCUGCAGCCCCAGCCGUUUCCGCUCAGCCGGAGCCCAUGGAUGAAACACCCGAUUCAUCACCCUCGACAACUACCACCACCAAACCUACUCCAUUGGUUCCUUCGCGGUAUGCGCCUGUGACGAGCGCGCCAACUCCCAUCCCGGCAGCAGCGGCGGCUCCGGCGUCAGAACCAAACCGCUUUGGAGGCAGCAGCUCUCGCUUUGCUCCUGGUCGUCUCCCAGCCCUCGUUACCUCUGCACCCGCCCUGCCAGGAAGCGAUCGCACUCGUUUGGUGGGAUUGCGCCCUGUCGCCGAUGCACCAAGCUCGACCCCGCCUUCCGCGUCCUCCUCGUCAUCAUCAUCAUCACCAUCCACAUCAGCGACACCAAUGGUAUCCUCGCAAGCUUCAAACUCGCCAACCAUGGUGGCUGAAGACACGUCGUUUUCGUGGACUUUCGACGCGGACAACGACGGUGGCUCGCCGCCAGCAAGCGCCGGACCAAGCUUGACCGCCAACGUUGUCGAAGCACCCAAAGCACGCCAGUCCUUGUUUGGACCAUCCACGACUGCCAAGCCAGCGGCGAUAGCGUCCGCGCUCCACUCCAAGCCAAUCCUCUCGCCAACAGUCGCAUCGACGUCUCCCACGCUGCAGUCAACGUCUGCGUCGGCUUCGGCGGUUGCCAGUGCUUCCGCGACACCAAGCAGCAAAAGCCCAACCUACGCCGAAAUCAAGGCGUUGGCAAUGAAGGAGGUUCGCAAAGCAGGCAAAAACUACGACGGACUGUUUCAGCAACUCGACAAGUUCAACGGCGAUGCUGCACAAAAGCGAGCACUGCUGGCGGAUCUUAUCGGCGAAGCAACGCGCCUGAAGCGCACGCACCUCAGCGCCCAAUUGAGAGACUAUCAAGACAGACCUUGAUGACGCUUAUGUUGAUUUGCAAUAUGAAACAUUCAAUGAAACACAACACAUGUAC